AUGUCAUUCGUACCUACCGAUGCGGCCCUAAACAGAACCAGAGAUGCCUGCAGCGUCCGCCCUGGCUUCUGGCAGAUUCCCGCGGACGCCUGUGCAACUAUGCCCGGUGGGAACAUGACCAAAGUGAUGAAAGACUGCUGCAAUGACGCCCCAGUCUCCAAAUAUGACGACGGCUGUGGUAUCUACUGUCUCGCCAACGGACAGGACACCGUCAAGCUCUCGGAUUGCAUCAAGAGCCAGAACCCUAACGAAUUUCCCAUCUUCUGUAAUUUGGGCUUCUGCGAACCGGGAAAUUUUAAUGAGACUGCGUGCUCUACGUCCGCUCCAUCGAGAACUGCGACUAGUACUCCCACUAGUACUCCUACUAGCACCCCUACUGGUACAGCCCCAUCUGCUGCCUCGACUUCCCCAAAUGUUGCGAUCACGAAUCAGCCAAUCCCCAAGUCUGGCCUUGGACUGAUUAUGCUCCUUUUUGGUUCGCUACUGGUUUUUAUUUGA